ACAAGGGAACAACGGAUGAUUCCAGCAAAAUCAUUAUCAUUGCAACAACACUAGGUUUUGGCGUAUUUCUUAGCAUUGUGCUUAUCGUCUUAUUGAUAAAAUACAAACGACUGAAACGGGCUCUAAAUUUAUCAUCUCCUGUCAAUAUUCCAUUGGAGACGAAUGAAACUUCACCAGAACCAUUGCCAGUUGAUGAGGUAAAUUAUUUAUGGUCACGGUGUUGGUGACACAGUGAAUGGUUAUUAUAUAUGGACCUCUAGGAAGAACAGUUUCGAACUGAUAGCGCUAUCCAAUUAAUAUAAAAAAGUUAGUUUGGUUUAGAUUUCUUUCUGUAGUAACACUGGAUCAAUAAGAGAUGACUCUUACUGGACCUCUAUAGGAAGAACAGUUUCGAACUGAUGGAGUUAUCCAAUAUAAAUAUAGUUUUAGUUUAAGUUUCCUCCUGUAGUAACACUGGACGAAUAACAGAUGAGCCUCACUGAACCUCUAGAACUGUUAGAACUACAGUAUCAAGUAAAGUUACUUUAGUUUGUACUCGAACUUCGAGGGUUAUUCUCCGUGUCUUCCAGUUUGUGUCAUAAAAAAACAACUCUUAGAAAUUAGUUGUGAGGCACGUGUAUCGCGAUCCUCUGACUCGGGUAAAUUGGACAACCACAACCUGUGUGUAAUCGUCAUUAAAUAAAUCAUAAUCAUUCUUAUAAAAAAAACAGGAAGCAGUUUACGAAACUGGCCCGAACGUCGAUCGACGGUUUUGCGAAGACGUCGCCACAAAUGCAAACGAGUCUGAAGACAUAACAGCUGAAGGUCAGUGUUACAUGAUAGCUAUUAUCAUGUAAUUUUACAUAUAUUAAAUAUUAUACGAUUAUUAUUAUACUAUAUAGCUUAUACUUAUUCAUAUUAAAUAGCUUACAUGCAUGAGUAAGCAAAUAGCUCUAAAGGUUAAAGAAAACGCCUUGUCCACAAAUAACGUCAACGGACAUGAAUGUGGUUAGAGAACUUUCUACCAACGACCACAGCAUUGCGUAUAGGAAAUGCGUCAAAAUGACAAAAUCAUCCUCUGACUCACUCUAUAAAAGUAGCUUCACGCAUCAGUGAACAUUAUUAUUAUUAGCAUUAUGAUUAGCAUUAGGAUUAGCAAUGAGCAAGGACUAAGAAAAGGAACGAGACUCAACUCUCAAGGCUGAAGACGAAGCUGCUUUAACGCGUUGAUAUUAACGUGGAAAGAAGACAACAUGGAUAUCUUGUGGUAACUGAUUUAUUACGAAUUACACUUGAACUGUUGAACCUUGCUAUCAAGUUGCAAUGCUCACUCGGACAGAUAAGUUUUAACAUAUAGCCUAAUUAACCAUAUUAUCAUAUAGCCUAAUAUAACUGUUGUUUCAGUAUAAAAUAUAUAUAUCAAAAAGUAAAAUGCUUAGAUUUACAUUCUUUUGUUGUGAGUAAACAGAACCAGAGCGGCCAGACAAAAUAGUAGGGACCGGCUCGUAACAGUCUGUAAUAUUACAGAUUAGAUAAUAUGUAACCUAUAUGGUAAUAUGUUUAAAAUUCAACUAAACUUGGUAUGUGUAAUAUUUGCUCAUUCUAAAAAGAAAUGUAAAAUAUCUUGGUCGAAAAGAAACCUGUCUUGAUAAUUGUUUUCACAGCUGUAGAACGAAGAUGAGAGUUAAUAAGAGGCAAUGAAGGUUGAAACUCUCGCUCGUGUUUUCCCGCCAACUCUUGUCGACUCUCGUGCACUCUCAUCAAUUGAGCUGAUUCAAAUUUUGAGUAGAGUUCAUGAGAGCUUUUGCUACGCUUGGUAAUAUCCAGUUAACUCUCAUCAUUUUUCAGCUGGUUCAAAUUUUGAGUAGAGUUCAUGAGAGUUUUUGCUACGCUUGGUAAUAUCCAGUUAACUCUCAUCAGUGUUCAGCUGGUUCAAAUUUUGAGUAGAGUUCAUGAGAGUUUUUGCUACGCUUGGUAAUAUCCAGUUAAUUCUCAUCAGUGUUCAGCUGGUUCAAAUUUUGAGUAGAGUUCAUGAGAGUUUUUGUUACGCUUGGUAAUAUCCAGUUAACUCUCAUCAGUGUUCAGCUGGUUCAAAUUCUGAAUACAGAUUUCAGCUAGUAUUCAAAAUGAUAUUUUUUGCACCGAAAUAAAGUCAAUAUAACAUAACAUAACAUAACAUAACACAACACAACACAACACAACACAACACAACAUAAUAUAAUUAUAUUGUUACUUGUGUUACUUGUCAAUGUCAUUUUAAUAUCAACGCGUUGUAUAUACCAGUGUAUAUACUUAGGUUAUUUAUAUACUUGUUGUGACACAUCUAGAAAACGAGAAUUUUUAUAUCGUUAUGGAGUGUGGUGCAAUAUACAUUGGUCGCACUUUUAACCUGUGGUUACUCCUAGUAAUAAUAAUAAACAACUUUGUUUCGUGAGGUUAACACAUAACAGUUAAUGCUGACAAACCAGUGGCCGUCCUAAAAUAUUCUAUCCAAUUGCAUAUUAUAUUACUAUCCUAAAAUUAUAAAUGCUGCAGUUAGCAUAGAAUAGAAUAGAGUAAAAUAUACUGGUGAGUAAAUUUUACAUAUUUACACUAAAAGAAUCCAUGUUCGCAUCAGUUCCUAUAAAAUGUUUUCUAAGUGCAUUUAUAAAAGACAAGAAAAAAAGACUUGAAAAGAAUCGAAUCUUGAUAAUUGUGUUCACUGAUAAGAGGUUAUGAAAGUUGAAACUCUCGCUCGUGUUUUACCGUCAACUUUUCAACUUUGAGCUGGUUCAAAUUUUGAUGAGAGUUUUUUCUAUACGCGCGCUAAUAUCCAGUCAACUCUCAUCAACUGUCAGAACCUCCUGUUCUCGUUUUACCAGCAUGCAGGGCUUUAUAAUCGUCUUUUCUUUAAAGGCCGGGCAUUACUUCACCAUUGGGUUGGAGUACCAUCAUAUGCAGACAAGACGUCUGGGUACGAAACAUCAGUCGAAAAUGAACAUCAGGGUGGCGGUAACGAAACUAUCGCAAGAGUUGAUCAAGAGUUUUACGAUGACGUCGCCACAAAUGCAAACGCGUCUGAAGACUCAUCAGCUGAAGGUCAGUAAUAUCACAGAUUAGAUAUUAAUAUCUAAAUAUAUACAUUAGAUACUAUUUACAACAUGAGCAGCCGUGUUGUAUCUGAUAUACAAACUCGAGCCGAAGGAGAGAGAGAGUUUGUAAAUAAUUUGAGCGCACAGUAGAUGUAUCAAAUGUACCACAUGUCAAAAAUGGCUCCAUGUGUCUCAGAAUUGCGCCAAAACAAACUUUGCCUAGAUGCAAAGGAAACUGAAAUAUGUCAUAUAUGUUUAAAUGAAUCGUCGCCGUUCCAAUCACUAAAUGAUGAAGACUAUGAGUUUACUGUUAAAAACAACAGACAUAUAAGCGAAAGAGAAAGGGAUAGACUAGAAGGACUGAAAUAUAAUCCGUUUAGCGACUUAAGACUCGCAGACGCCGCAAGUCUAUUAAUUUAAAAAGAAAUGAGUCGAAUUUGCAGAAAGAUUUGCUGGAAAAAUAUUGAGGAUUAUUUCAAAUUAAUGCACUUAAACAUAAGAAGCAUAUCAAAUAAAUUUGACUUGUUCAAUCACAUGCUGGGAUCUUUGAAUACUAAUUUUGUAGUUAUUGGAUUAACUGAGACAUAACUUCAUGAUGAUAAUCUAGAUAAUUUCUCAUUAAUAAACUAUGAUUUUGUGAAUGUAAACAUGCAGAAAACUUAAAAAAAGGUGGUGGAGUGGGUAUUUAUAUUUCACAACAUCUUAAAUAUAAAACUAGAAAUGAUCUGAAUGCCACUAAAGAGGACAUCAUUGAGCAUGUGUUUAUUGAAAUACCCACAAAAGUUAGUAAAAAUAUUAUUGUUGGGGUGAUUUAUAGACCACCAAACAGUAAAUUUGAUGAGUUUGAAAGAACACUGAAUGAAACAUUGUCCAAAAUUGACAAAGAGAAUAAAACGUGCCUUCUCAUGGAUGACUUUAACGUUGAUAUGCUAAAAAAUGAAACGUGUGAUUUUGCAAAUAGACUUACACAAACUCUUUUUAUAUCGUUCUAUUUUCCCUAAUUACAAUGCCUACAAGAAUUACUCAACACACUGCGACUCUAAAUGAUAAUAUAUUUUCGAAUGACCUAGAGAAAAUUAAUUACAGUCAAAAUGGUUUAAUUUCUAGUGACAUCUCAGAUCAUUUACCUAUAUUUCAUAUAUGUGGAGUAAACAAAGAAAAUACCAAAAAUAGAGCACACUAACAUAAAAUAUAGGAAAAUGAUAAAUAGAACUAACCAAUUAAAAUUUGUGGAUAGGAUUAAAUCUAUAUCUUGGGAAAAUGUACUAUCAAACUCUAAUGCUGGAGUUUCAUUUAACAAUUUCCUUAAUAUAUUUAAAGAUAAUUAUGACGCUAGUUUUCCACUUAAGAAAAUUAAUCAGAGAAAAAUUAAUACAGUUAAAAGUCCGUGGAUGACAAUGUCCAUCUGUAAAUCUGUACAAACUAAAAACUCACUUUUUAAGAAAUUUCUAAAAAAUCCUACUGAACGAAAUGAAAAAAACUAUAAAAGAUUUAAAAAUAAGUUGAAACAUGUAAUUAAAAUUUCCAAAAAAACUACACUAUGAAGAAUUAUUCAUAAAAUAUAAAAACGAUACUAAAAUGACAUGGAAGACUAUUAAUACACUAUUAAAUAAAAAUGUAAAAACUAAAGAAUUACCCAACAAAUUCAUUGCAAAAAACUCGGGCGAAUCAAUAACAAAGCUUUCAAAAAUCGCUGAUAAAUGUAAUGAAUAUUUUAUAAAUAUUGGACCACAAUUGACCAGCAAAAUAAAUGGAAAUUUGGAGACUUCAGUUCAAAAAUAUCUUACGGGAAACCAACCUCGUUCCCAGGGCUUCAGUGUGAGGACGAGGCGAGACACGAGGAAGCCCUAGUCUGGGCCGGUCACGUGGCGACAAAAAAUGGCAGUAUUUGACAGCUACUCGUCAAGGAGUGGCGAGAUAUUCUUUAAUGAAAUAUACUAGUCUUCGAAACAAAUAAAUAGCCAAAAGACUUCUCAAUCGAUGUUAUUUAUGUGUAGAGCGAAGUUUGGCACGAAUCAGCUAAAAUCUCUGAAGAUCCCGUCUAUGUUUUCUAAGAUAUACCGAUAUUUCUGGAGAUUUUCAACUACAGGCAAACUGCAUCCAAGCUGCAUCUAGGCGUCUCCAUGCAAGUGAUGAUUCACACGAAAUUACUUUCUCUCGUCUUGAACAAUAUGGCUAUUGCUAUAAUUAAUAUUUAGUCUAAAUAUGCUCUUAUAGAUCUGACUUAGUUCAAUAUAAAUAAACACAAAUAUAAAACCUCGCGUAACCUGUUUAUGCUGUACAGGAAUAUACGGAUGCGCUUGUUUCGCCCGGACACCAACACUUGCCGUUCAUGCAGGAGCGAUGCUUGCCUACAAAUUUUAUCCCCUUCACAAUCUUUGUUUUAUUUUAUCGUAUAAUCGCAAUUUUCAAGUACUCGGGGUAUUCUGAAACUGUAAAACUCGGUGGCGUGCGAAUCUUGUAGAGACUAAAUCGGCCUAGGCGUAAAGCUAUUAAGUAAACAGGGCCUAAAUUAAUUUAGUAGUUUUAUUUAAUUGUUUAAUUUGUCUUGCUUUUAUUUGUCAGUACAGAAUAUUGUAAAUUAAAAUAUUACUACAAUGCAAUACGCGUAGUAUUUCAUCAGACAUCUGCACUAAUAAAUACUGUACAAGCAAAACUACAGCUUAAAUAAUAGUAGACGUUUCUUGUUUUGUCAGGAAACAUCACAGUCCACUUCGACACGGCUUUUGAGUUUUGUAACCGGCCGAGGCGAAAGUAAAUCAUGCAGUCGGGAAAACGUCUUACUUUGAAAGAUUAUUUUGCAAAACAUAUACUCGCACACACAAGAAUCAUAAAAAUACAAAUGUUGAAUUGUUAUUGUCAACUGUCAAGUUCAGUUAUUUUUAGACAAUAUGGUGUUAGCCAAUCAGAAUGCAAAAUAGACCGGCCCAAACCAGGGCUUCCUCGUGUCUCGCCUCGUCCUCACACUGAAGCCCUGGGAACGAGGUUGACGGGAAACUUCAUGAACAGUAUGUUUCUAAAUCCAAUAACUGAAAACGAAAUGAUAAGUAAAGUACUUAAAUUGAAAGACAAUAAAAGCCCUGGGUAUGACGAAAUCAAUGCCAAAAUUAUUAAAACUGUCGCAACAAACAUUAGUCAACCACUUACCCAUAUAUUCAACUUGAGUUUCGCAACAGGUUUUAUCCCUGAGCAGUUAAAGUUGGCCCUGGUUACUCCUAUUUUUAAAGCGGGUGAUAAACAAAUAUUUGAAAAUUACAGACCUAUUUCCGUCCUGACGUGUUUCUCUAAACUAUUAGAGAAACUUAUGUACAAAAAACUAAUUAGUUUUAUUGAGAAAAACAAAAUACUAACAGAAAACCAAUAUGGUUUUAGGCGUAAUAAAUCAACAGAAAUAGCAAUUGUAAAUCUUGUUAGCAAAAUUACCAAAGCAAUGGAUGAAGGUAAAUAUACAAUAGGAAUUUUUUUUGACCUAUCAAAAGCUUUUGAUACCGUCGAUCACGAUAUUUUAUUAAAAAAGAUGGAGCAUUAUGGAGUAAGAGGGCUUGCUUUAACGUGGUUCAAAAACUAUUUAAUGAAUAGAAAGCAGAUUCUGACAUUCAAGCAGGAAAAUUCUAAAGAAAUGAAAAUUACAACUGGUGUUCCCCAAGUAUCUGUUCUUGGGUCAUUACUUUUUUUAUUAUAUACAUAAAUGACAUACAAAACUGCAGUGAUGUUGUUUCAUUUGUCCUGUUUGCAGAUGAUACAAACGCAUUCUAUUCUAAUUCCAGCAUUAAUAUAGCAAAAGAAACAAUGCAAAGAGAGAUGGAUGAAAUACUUAAAUGGUUUAACACAAAUAAACUCUCUAUUAAAUACAACUAAAACAAAAUGGAUCCUUUUCGCAGCACGCAAUAAAAAGCAACCAACUGAAAUUGAUAUUAAAAUAAAGGAUCAGUCGAUCGAACAAGUGAAAUGUACAAAAUUCUUGGGUGUUCUAAUCGAUGAAACACUCACAUGGAAUAAUCACAUUGGUUCAGUUUAAAAAAAAAAUUAAAUCAACCGGAAUUAUUUCUAAAAUUCGGCAUUAUACGAAUCAAAAGACAUUAAAAUUGCUUUACUAUGCCCUUGUCUAUCCUUAUCUCACUUACGCUAAUUUAGCUUGGGGUAACACAUACCCUUCAAAAUUGCAAAAAUUGAUGAGUGCCCAAAAAAGAAGAUUGUGCGUCUAAUCACUUUCAAACCGUAUUCUGAGCACGCGGAACCAUUAUUCAAAAAAUUAAAUCUAUUAGAUAUUUACAAAAUAAAUUAUUAUUUGACCAGUUUAUUUAUGUUUCAAUUUUACAACAUGAACAAUAUGCCCGAAAUUUCAACAAUUUUUUCAAAAAUAAUAAUGAAAUUCAUCAUCACAAUACUAGAAGUUCCAAGAAACUACAUAAAACCAUAGUUAGUAGAAAAUAAAAAUGGUUAGGAAGCUUGACAAAAGUCAUUGUUCUACGUUUUUGUCCAAGUUUAUGGAAAUUUGUGCACUCGGAUUCUGUAUAAUGAGUCGAUUAAUUACCCAAUAAAAACCUUAGUUUCAAUUGCUGAACUGUAAUAUUUGAAUAUUAAUCAACGCAAGACAAAAGAUGUGUGCACUCGGAAUUACAUUUCAACAUCAGACAAAGUUUGAAUAGAAAAUUCUUUGAAGUUUACCGGCCUUCCUAACCAUGUUUAUUUCUAUUAACUAUGAUAAAACCUACACCCGAACUAAUUACAUGAAACAUACUCUCGCCAAUAAAGGAGCAGAUAUUUGGAAUAAUUUGAACGAAGAUUUAAAAUCCAUUAAAUUUUACCAAUCGUUCAAAAAGCAAGCUAAAAUUUAUUAUCAACUACAAGAAUAAUAAUACAGAAUUAUAUUAUUCAUGGUCGUCUAAAACAAUGCUUCCAUCAUCAGGCACUCCUAACUUCGUAUUUGUUGUAUAUCUAUACUAGCAUAUUUUGUGUUCAAUAUAUAGACCACAGUAAGACUUUUUUUAAAUGUUUAUUUCAUUAACAAACGACGUUUCGGAGAUUUACUCCAUCUUCAGGUAGUUAAUAGGAUUACACUUUAGGAUUAUACUAGUAUACUUAUCAGUAGUAUAAAUGCUGACUUGCUCCUUAAUUUGACGAUAUAUAAAAAACGGCCUCAUCUUUCCAAAUUAACAACGCACCCAAGUAUAAAUAAAAUCUCGUGAGCUCCUAACCCAUCGUAACUGACAGUAAGCUCAACACUAACUUAAUCGUUGUGACGUCAUUAUUGUAAAUAUGAAUAAACCUUGUUUCGGUCACAAAUAUAUAUCUUUGAUCUUGACCGUAAUCACAACCCAUCCCUAACCCUAGCUUUAUUGUGCGCGAAACAUGAGAAUCUAACCAUAAACUUUUUUUAACCUUUCUAUCCUACCGUUGCUCUAAAAUCUAUGACAUCAUAACGACAAUUAGUAUGGAAACUUGCACCCAUUUUUGGAACCUUUUCACUAUAGACCACAAUAUCAGCCAAUAAUUAUUUUAAGAGCACACAGAUUAUUCAAUGCUACACAACAACGAUACACUGUAUCACUAUUAAAGACCAUACAUAUACUUCAAGCUAUCGCAAGGCCAGAACUGUACAGUGUCAGUGAGUGCGGACUGUCUGGUAUGAACUAUUUAAAACGCGAGCAGGAGUGUUUUAUCAGAUAUAAAACACGUGAGCGCAGCUCGAAUGUUUUAGUAAACAUAAAAGUCCGGUUCACAUAUAUCUACUUGCACCUGCGGUGUGUCGGCGAGCUAUUGACAACAACUGCUCUGAAAAGCUGUGAACAAUGAUAGCGCAGGUAUACCGCAGGCAUAUAUGUGAACCACGCUAAAGAAAGAGUAAAGUAAAGUGCUUAGCUGAUAUUUUACUUCGCUUGAAUAUACUUCUUCGCCAAAUUGCCUUUCUUUUGAUUUUACUGAAGCGAUGUCGAUCGUUUAAGAACUGAAUAUCGAACAACAUGGUCAACAAAAACUUGCAUUCAAGGACGUCAAAUUAAAGCCACGUUACUUCGAAAACUACAGGGUGUAUCAAAAAACCUGCAAACACUAUAAUUUGCAUAAUUCUGCUGCUUACCAGCAUUUCAAUGUAUGUGUUACUUAUUUUGCUCCUGGGAUUUGAAAAUACAUUCUAACUAACCGCGUUGAUAGAAAUUAGAAAACCAAAAAGUUAUUUGUAACGCAAAAAACUAAUUAUCAAUUCGGCUGCGAAUGGGUCAACUAUUGUGUUUACGCAUGCUUGGGAUCAAUUAGUUCUGAAUCAUGCAAAUUCUAAAAACAUUGUACUGUACUUCAGAGGUUUCUAGGUUUUUUUAUGCACCCUGUCGAGUUGAGGACAUUGUUUUUAAUGUUUCGACACAUGCCUAACAUAACAAAAACAUGAUCAAUUAUAAAAAAUAUUCAAUGCACAUACUUCAAUCCCAUGUACGAUCCUACUGACCUGCCCCUGGUUGCGUUGCAUGCAUGCAUAAACAAUGCGUAUCCACUGAGUAUAGUGUAGUUGCUUUUUGUCAGCCAAAGAAAUUUAAUUAACCCACGAAAUAGCACGCAAAGCAUCGUUCUUUUAAAACGCCAUGUUAUAAACAUAUUUGGCAGUUGCCGGACUGUUCAUACCAUGUCUCCGUGUCAAUUACCUUAUUGUCAAAUCAUAUUCAAACAAAAGGUCUACAACCAAAAGCCUUAAAUUAUAGCAAAGUGAAACUGAUGGACAAUAAUUGAUUAAUUUAUUCGCUUUUAAUCUUGGAAUGAACGCUUUCAGACGUGCAAAUACAAUGUUGAUUUAAAUAAGGCGAAGAGCACAUGCAAACGCAUAAAUUCGCUUUCUAAGCGUUAUAAAUUGUUUGUAAUAAACAAAUUCAGUAUAUAUAGUGUAAGAGCAGCCAGCAAUCAACAGACCAGGCAUACAAUGAAAUACAAAAUACACCAAAAGAACUGCAUCGCUACCGGCUUAUAUAAACUGACUAUGAGAUUCCCCGUAUUUAUAGCAUCAUGCAUGCAAAGCAUUCUGGUCGGCUAACAGCAAUGCAUUCUGGUCGGUUAACAGCAGUGCAUUCUGGUCGGAGAAACGGAAGUGAAAUCUUACUUUCAGAGCCCAAUACGAAUUAGAACUGCUGACAUGCUCGCUCGCUUCAGGCUCGCUCGCUGCGUCAGCAAUUAUUGUAAAACUAUAUCACAACUUUCUUUAAAAUUUUAUGUACUAUAUAUUAACUGACAUAUAGCUAUCGUUUGGAUUUAAUAUUUGCUGUAAUAGGGGCCUUGCACUAAAAGCUUCUCAAAGUUUCUUAAAGGCUCCUAGCUCUAGUGUUCAACUGACGUUAUACUGUAUAUUCUAUCUUAAUUAUGUAAAUAGGGCGAAUUUUUAAAUAAAUAAAUAAAUACAACACGGACGUGAAUGCAGUGUAAAUAGCUUGUGUAACGUCUCGAUGACAACAUUCGUAUUCUCCAAACAAUUUAAAAUAAAUGAAUGAUAUAAUUUGGUGAACUUAAUGUUAUGUAAAUCAGCAUGAUUCUGUAUCAGGUAUGCAAACUCCUUCACGCUCAUGUUUUCUUUUGUGUUUUCUUCAUGAAUUAUUAAUGCGUUUCACAAUUAUUAAUAAAUAAUCUGUGGUAAUUUGUUUAAAAUUCCACUAACCAUAAUUUGGUAUGUAUAAUAUUUGCUCGUUCUAAGAAGAAAUGUAAUAUAUCUUGGUUGAAAAGAAACCCGUCUUGAUAAUUGUUUUCACUGUAAAACGACGAUGAAAGUUGAUAAGAGAUAAUGAGGGUCCAAACUCUCGCUCGUGUUUUCCCGCCAACUCUCGUCGACUCUCGUGCAAUUUCAUCAACUUUGAUCUGGUUCAAAUUUUGAGUACUCUUCAUGAGAGCGCUUGGUAAUAUCCAGUUAACUUUCGUCAUUGUUCAGUUGGUUCAAAUUUUGCUGAAAGUUGAUGAGAGUUUUUGCUGUGCUUGGUAAUAUCCAGUUAACUCUCAUCAGUGUUCAGCUGGUUCAAAUUUUGAGUAGAGUUCAUGAGAGUUUUUGUUGUGCUUGGUAAUAUCCAGUUAACUCUCAUUAGUAAUAUCCAGUUAACUCUCAUUAGUGUUCAGCUGGUUCAAAUUUUGAGUAGAGUUCAUGAGAGUUUUUGUUACGCUUGGUAAUAUCCAGUUAACUCUCGUCAUUGUUCAACUGGUUCAAAUUUUGCUGAAAGUUGAUGAGAAUUCCCGCUACGUGCUGUAAUAUCCAUCAACUCUCAUGCAAUUGUUGUUCUCACUGUAGAUUCUCACUGUCCAACUCUCAUGCAAUUGUUGUUUUCACAGCAGACUCUCACUGGCCAACUCUUAUCAACUCUCGUGCAUUUGUUGUUCUCACUGCAGACUCUCACUGGCCAACUCUUAUUAACUCUCAUGCAAUUGUUGUUUUCACCGCAGACCCUUACUGGCCAAUACUUAUCAACUCUCAUGCAAUUGUUGUUCUCACUGCAGACUCACACUGGCCAACUCUUAUCAACUCUCAUGCAAUUGUUGUUCUCACUGCAGACUCUCACUGGCCAACUCUUAUCAACUCUCACGCAAUUGUUGUUCUCACUGCAGACUCUCACUGGCCAACUCUUAUCAACUCUCAUGCAAUUGUUGUUCUCACUGUAGACACUCACUGGCCAACUCUUAUCAACUCUUAUCAUGCAAUUGUUGUUGUCACUGCAGACUCUCACUGGCCAACUCUUAUCAACUUUCAUGUAAUUGUUGUUUUCACUGCAGACUCUCACUGGCCAACUCUUAUCAACUCUUAUUCUUGUUUGACCAGGGUAUUUAAUCUUUUGUUUCUAAAGACAGGACAUCAGAUCACGAAGAGGUUGAAGUGCCAUCAAAUGCACAAAAGGCUUCUGGACACACUGAACGUAAUAAACGACCGGAAACCUUGAAAACGGGGGCGACAGGCGAUGGUGAUUAUCAGGCACGUUCAAAGGAGGUUGACAUCAUUGACACAUACAUAAUACCAGUUCCAGAGGAAGCACAACACGAAACAUCAGGUCAAAAUGAAACCUGUGAAGAGCCCAAAUUAUCGCCAGAAACUCCUGUUCAUACUGAGCUUGAUGUGAAAGGAAGAAAUACAACGGAAAUCCGUACCUAUCAGAAACUAGCAAAGCAAGACUCAGAUGAUGUUACACCAGCUCACGAGAGAAGAGUGUCGUACGAAGACAUCUAA